GCUCACACUACAUUCUCCCACUGCCUUUUUGCCUUCAAGAGCAUGGGGCAGGCUAAGAGGCAAGUCUGUCUGACUCCAGAGGCAUUGAAAUACUUGUAUGGAUCUGUAUUUUGGAACACACCAUGCUUCCACUGAUGAACUCCAUUCCUUUACCUUGGUGAACCACCUUUAAGUGUUUCAGAUUCUACGCCCAGAAAGAAGAACAGACUAAUUGAACGCAGUUUUUCUAAUAUAGAGUUUGCUUUUAAACAUGCCAACCUAAGCUAAUUCAAGGAAGCUUGGAGAAGUUCCAAGAAGAUCUACAAUAGGAGUUUCGGUAUAUCUCUGGCAGUGAUGGGCACAGAAAACAAAAGUUGCACUGAAAGUCUGAGUGUGGAGCAGAACGGUGGCCCAGCCAUCAGCGCGAUGAUGUUUGCAGCUGGAGUUCUCGGGAAUCUGGUUGCAUUAGUUCUCCUGGAGUUCCGCAGGAGGAAAGAGAAGAACCGGCAGCGACAGUCUCUGUUCCAUUUGCUGCUGACCACGCUGGUCGUUAUGGAUCUAAUGGGAACCUGCUUGAUCAGUCCCCUGGUUCAGACUGCAUACUUAACCAACACCACACUAGUUGGGAUGAGCGAGACACGUGCGGUGUGUGAAUAUUUUGGAUUUGCCAUGACUUUCUUCAGUCUGGCGACGCUCUCCAUCCUCCUCGCCAUGGCACUGGAGAGGUGCCUCUCCAUCGGGUACCCAUACCACUACGGGAGGCAUGUCACUAAACGCUGCGGAUACAUCACCGUCCCUUGCAUUUAUCUAAUCUGCUUUUUAUUUUGCUUAAUGCCAUUUGCAGGCUUUGGGAAAUAUGUGCAAUACUGUCCCGGGACAUGGUGCUUUAUUGCCAUGAAUCCAGAGGGGAUGGAGGACCGGGUUUAUGCCAACGUUUAUGCCACUGUGAUGCUGCUUAUUGUUAUAGUUAUAGUGGCAUGCAACUGUUUUGUAGUUUACCAUCUGGUGUUAAUGUACCGGAGGCGCAAAAUGAACAGAGGAUCAGUGCAGACCCGGAGUAAAAGGGACAGGAGGUACUUCUCAUGGGCAGAGGAGGUGGAACACCUCAUUCUCCUGGUCUUCAUGACAGUCAUAUUUGUCAUUUGUUCCCUGCCAUUAAUGAUUCGUGUGUACAUCAACUCCAUGGGAAAGCCUAGAGGCAGCAACAAGACUGAUCUCAUAGCUUUGCGGUUCCUCUCGGUCAACUCCAUCAUCGACCCCUGGGUGUUCAUCAUCCUCAGCCCCUCGGUUUUGCGCUUCCUGUGGGGGGCGCUGUGCAAGACCAGCUUCGUGCCCUCCAGAAACUCCCUGUUCAAAACGUCCAUUACCAAAAACCCAGCAGGCCAAAUCGAGCUGUACCAACCCACUUCCACCUCUGUGGAGACCACACACCUCAACAAGUCAACCGUUCAGAAGAUCUGACGUGAUGUGGACAGUAUUUAUGGACUAGACGGAUCCAUCUAAAAAUCAAUAUGCUUCGGAAGGCAAGGUUUUGAAUAAGUUCUUUGAUAGCAUUCCCAGUCUGUCUGUCUAUCUAUCUAUCUAUCUAUCUAUCUAUCUAUCUAUCCCAUUCUAUUCUAUCGUUCUGUCUAUCUAAGAACAUCUUAAGUGAUUUGUCUGCCAUAAGUAAGGGCGAUCUGGUUUGUUUGUUGAUCUAAAAAUUGAUUUAGAAACCCCCUUAGGUCAUUUAACUGAGUGAGAUAAAGCCAACUGUGAGGUCAAAGGGGUAAGUUAUGUUCCCUCAACUACGACAUUAAUUGUUUUGAGACCGAGGGCCCUGUCAACUGCGAUUGCCAGAAGAACUUGAAAAAUGUUCAAGGCAUGUUGAGUGGGCGUUCAGUCAUGGAGGAUAGUCCAGUUUUGAAGAUGAUAUUCUGUGUUUGGAAUGACUGAAGACAGAGGAACCAUCCUGAAGCUACCGUUCCGCAGUCAUUGCUAAUCCAGGUUUCCUUUUUAGGGGGGGGUUGUGCUUUCAAACAGGUCAAAUGGCAUGUCCAAGCAGUAUUUCACUUUGGACACUUUGUUGUCAAGUGAAUCAUGUGACGAGGUUUCCUGCAUUUCAAGUCAAGGAGUUCUUCAAAUGUUACAUGCUGUCUGCUUGUAUUUAUAUUAUCAACAUAUUUAUUGUGCUUUGAUUUAUGUCUAUACAACAGUAAGUCAAUGACAUAUAUGUGUCUUCAUACGUAUGUCGACUGACAUGGUUCAGUGGUAAUCAGUCAUUUCUUUCAUGUGAGAGAUUCCGAUUGUACAUAAUUGUACAUAAUUAGUAUAAGCAUAUAAGCAUGACGACAUGCAUGGCGCCGUUCAGUAGUUACAGACCUAUUCUUUGUGUCAAGAUACUUGUUUUUCGGUGCCUUUGAGGCUCUUGAAUGUACUUGUGAAAUAAUGUGACUCAUUAUUACUGGUGUUGUCUAUGCAUGUCAUUUUGUCAUGAAAUUGUCUGUUAAAUGUAACAUUCUAUUCACAUCAUAUCUGUCCUAAUGCACAGCGAGAAGGAUCACAAUCUGAAGUAGGAUUGUGUGUGACUUUAAAUUCCAAUUCAGUUGAAUUAAGAAAGCUAACAGAAUGCAAACUGCAUUUUGGAUUUGAAUGUAAGGAAGUAGAAUUAAAAUAAAUACAAAAAAUCAUACCCAUGACUGAAUAUUUUUAACUAGAAAAGCAAUGUUUGUCUAAGACAAAAUCUAUGAGUUGGCUUAACAGGUUUGAAAAAAAAAAAAUCAUAUUCCAUCUCAUGAACUCAAAGGGCGCCAAAUCUGCAAUUCUGUAUUUUGCCCAAACCUGCUCAGGAUCCAUGUGUCUUCAUAAAGAAAGAAAUAAAGCAUGCAUACUCUCCCUCAGGCCAUAAAUAAGUAUGC